UGUGAUUAUUUUGAAAGAGUUGCUUUCAGACUUUCAGUUGCGGUAACCGAACUUAAACCCGUAAACACACACCUACACUUCAAAUAUGUCAAAGAUUCAGCGCCUACUUCUUCAGAAAUUCACCCUCACAUCCUCUCUCCAAACCCUCAGAACCCUGCACACCCUGCAAGCCUCUCGGAAUCCGUCAACUGAAUCAGUCUCAGAUUCUUUUUUGGUGGAGAAAAUAUUAUUCAAUUUAAAGCAAUGGAAUGUUAACUCUUUGCGUCACUAUCAAUUUCGCUUGAACCCAGUUACUGUAGUUGAGGUUUUAUAUCGUCUGCGUGAUAAUCUGCAUUUGGGUCAGAGAUUUAUUGAUUUUAUUGCCUUGAAUUGUGCUAAUUUUAAGCAUUCGUCUUUGUCUUUGAGUGCAAUGAUUCACAUUUUGGUGCGAAGUAGACGAUUAUCUGAUGCACAAGCUUUGAUUCUUAGGAUGGUUAGAAAGAGUGGUGUUUCACGAGUAGAAAUUGUUGAGUCUUUGGUUUCUACGUAUAAGAAUUGUGGGUCUAAUGAGUUAGUUUUUGAUUUGUUUAUUAGGACUUAUGUUCAAGCUAGGAAGUUAAGAGAAGGAUCAGAGGCCUUUCUCGUAUUGAGAAAUAAAGGAAUUUGUGUUUCUAUCAAUGCUUGCAAUAGUCUUCUUGGUGGGUUAGUGAAGAUUGGUUGGGUUGAUUUGGCAUGGCAAGUUUAUGCAGAGGUUGAUAGAAGUGGUAUUGAAUUGAACGUUUAUACUUUAAAUAUUAUGGUUAAUGCAUUGUGUAAAGAUCACAAAAUCGAUAGUACUAAGUUGUUCUUAUGCAAGAUGGAAGAGAAAGGGAUUUAUCCAGACAUUGUGACAAAUAAUACGCUGAUCAACGCGUAUUGUCGUGAAGGGCAAGUGGAAGAAGCUUUUGAGUUGAUGAACUCAAUGUCGGGAAAGGGUUUGAGACCGGGUGUUUAUACUUAUAAUUCUCUUAUUAAUGGUUUAUGCAGGAAGGGAAGAUAUGAGAGAGCAAAGGAAGUUUUGGAUGAGAUUUUGCAAAUGGGGUUAACCCCUGAUACUGCUACUUAUAACACACUUCUUGUUCAGAGUUGUAGAAAGGAUAAUAUUUUGGAAGCUGAAGAAAUUUUAGGUGAAAUGUCUCGUCGAGGUGUUGUUCCAGAUUUAGUUAGCUUUAGUUCACUGAUUGGGGUAUUCUCAAGGAGUGGGCAGCUUGAUCGAGCAUUAAUGUAUUUUAGACAUAUGAAGAGUGCUGGAGUAGCUCCGGAUAAUGUUGUUUAUACCAUCCUUAUAGAUGGGUAUUGUAGAAACGGCUUCAUGUUGGGGGCAUUGAAAAUGCGGGAUGAGAUGCUAGAGCAGGGUUGUAUUAUGGAUGUCGUUACUUACAAUACUAUUUUGAAUGGACUCUGCAGGACAAAGAUGCUCGCUGAUGCAGAUGAGCUGUUUAAGGAGAUGUUGGAAAGGGGUGUAUUUCCUGAUUUUUAUACUUUCACCACUUUAAUUCAUGGAAACUGUAAGGAUGGAAAUAUGACGAAAGCACUCAACCUUUUUGAUAUGAUGACUCAAAAGAGUAUUAAGCCUGACAUUGUGACAUACAACACACUGAUUGAUGGGUUUUGCAAGGUUGGUGAAAUGGAUAAAGCUAACAAGUUAUGGGCUGAUAUGAUCUCUCGAAAAAUUUUCCCAAAUUACAUUUCAUAUGGGAUUUUAAUAAAUGGAUUUUGCUGUAUGGGUCAUGUUACUGAGGCAUUCAGGUUGUGGUAUGAGAUGGUUAGGAAAGGUAUUAAGCCAACUCUUGUGACUUGUAACAUUAUUAUAAAGGGGUAUUGUCGUUCAGGUGAUGCAUCAAAGGCUGAUGAAUUCUUAAGUAAGAUGAUCUCAGAAGGGGUUGUUCCUGAUAGCAUAACAUAUAAUACUCUUAUUAACGGCUUUGUAAAGGAAGAGAAUAUGGACCGAGUAAGUGUUCUGGUUAACAAGAUGGAAAAUCAAGGACUACUGCCUGAUGUUAUUACAUACAAUGUAAUUUUGAGUGGGUUUUGUAGACAAGGAAGAAUGCAAGAGGCUCAGCUCGUACUUCGGAGAAUGAUUGAGAAAGGUGUAAAUCCUGAUAGGUCCACGUACACAUCACUGAUAAAUGGACAUGUCAGCCAAAACAAUUUAAAGGAGGCAUUCCGUUUCCACGAUGAAAUGCUACAAAGGGGAUUUGCCCCAGAUGAUAAAUUCUAAUUGGUUUCACUUGCAGCCAUUGGAAUGAUUGUAGUACCAAGUACUUCUUCGCAAGUUCAUGUUGCAUUCGUUUUGCAGCAUGUUAGGUAUAUACAGAGGUCAGAUAUCCGCACUUCUUAUUCUUUAUUUUAAUUUGUUAUGCCAUACCAUGAGCUUGAAUUAUCUUCUUGUAUCUUUAACCUUUCUGUUCACAUGUUUGCUCUAGAAGUGUGUGGAGUGUAUAAGGAAACCUUGAAGUCACCACCCUGACUUGUGUUAAUAUAUGUAAUCUGUAUGGUGGAGGUUAGAUCAAUUCUACCUUUUUGAUAAGUGUUCUGUUUUCAGUUUAGUUAAGCAUUUCGAUAGAGGUUUACACUUGUAUUCUGCUCUGCAGGUAAUUUAGAUUUUAAAAAAUUAACUGGAAAGUUAGAGGUAAAAUUAGUAUCAGUAUAGGAGCCAGUUUUGUUUUGCGAAUUACCUGAGGUGUCAUUGACUUGGAGAUUUAGGACCGUGAAGAGAAAUGGCAGGGCUAAUUAGGAGAGAAGAAGAAACAGGGAAUAGAAAUAAUAAAAAUGAGAAAGAUGGAAAAGAAAUUGACAAGAGUGAGUGUAGAUGAUAGGAAGAUGUAAUGAAGAUUGGGGUUUUUUUAUUUCUUAAAAAUCAAUUAUAGAGAAAAGAUACAACAAAGCAUAUUUUUAGUUACCCAAAAAACCAAAAAGAAACUUGAUCUACUUCAAAUCAGUGAUGUGAGCCUAUGGAAGGUCUAAUUUAGUACCAACCAUAAGAACAUAACAACAAAGAUCUAUGUCAAAUAA